AUGAGCUUUAGACCGUGGGUGCUGAGCCGCAAGGUGGCGAAGGAAUACCGUCGUGGAAAUGUGUUCUUAGUCGGCGAUGCUGCACAUUCAUUCCCUCCAACCGGUGGCCUGGGUCUCAAUUCUGGUCUGGCAGACGCGCACAACCUUGCUUACAAGGUCGCUGCCGUACACCAGGGUUGGGCGAACCCACGCAUUCUCGACACUUAUGAGACUGAUAGACGACCCAUUGCCGUCAUUGCGGCAGCGCAGAGUGUCAAGAACGGGAAGUCCAUCUUUUCCUUCCUCAAGGCCAUUGGGACGGCCGAUGUUGAAGACCUCGACGAGGCCCGGAAACGGAUGUAUGAGGCCAUCCACGACCCGGCCAAGCAGGACUUGAUAGCCGAGAAGGUCGAGGGACAACGUGAACAUUUUGAUAAUCUUGAGAUUCACAUUGGGUAUGUGUACGGCGACACGAAGCCACCAACGAAUGCGUCGGACUUUACGCCAAAGUUCCAGGCUGGCGCCAGGUUGCCACAUGCUUGGAUCAAGUUCACAGAGCCGAACGAAAAAUGUGAGACUUCGCAUCAACCCAUCGACACGUCGUAUGUGAAGGAGCUGUCAAGUGAGCAAAUCGAUGCUCGACGCUAUUCCACGCUUGACCUAGCGAAUGCAGGGACAUUCGCUCUUAUCGCACCGAGUCGAGAGGCUUGGAGCCAACGGGUGGAGGACUGCAAAGAGGCCCUGGGGAAAAUAUUAAGUUCCCGCCUUACGCUUUGGGUUGCGGACGUCGAUUUCAAGUUCGCUUUUGACAGCCACCGGGAAAUGUACGAUACGAAGGGUGGAUUCUCUGAGGGAGGUGCAAUUCUGGUCAGACCAGAUCAGCAUAUCCUGGGUUGCAUCAGUCCAGAUGCUUCUGCGAGUGACAUCGUCACUCUCAUUGCGGACCAUGUUGGCAUAUAA